ACACCACUUUAAUUGUUUCUACUCAAACCCUUCCUUCUUUUUUUUUUACCGCCAUUCUUGAUUAAAGUAUCACCGGUUCUUCUACUUUACAUCAUUACAUGCAGUAAGUAAUAAAAAUAUCCAAGACUUUUUACCAUUUGGAAUUUUAUCUUUUAACCCCUUCACUCUACAAUUAUUCUUACAUUUUCGUAGCUGCAGCGUUGAAUGUCAGAGCCACUCAGAGAGAGAGAGAGAGAGAGUGUUUUCUAGCCUUUCUCCCUUACUCUAGCUCUCUCCACUCAUCUGCUCGCAAAUGAACAUGGUUGUCUUGCUCUCUCUCUUCUUCUCUCUCCUAUGCUUCACCGCUCAAUGUCAAGAACCUCUACAGUUAUCACCCCUCCAACCGCACCUGCCGCCGGCCGCCGGCGUCCACGUUGAACCCCAACACCUGCAGAACGUUUCAGACAGCGUCCUCGCCGCUGAAGCCUGGCUUAGAAAGUACGUCCUGGCCCACUUCCCCGCCACCAACAUAACCACAAUCGUCGCCGGCUCCGCCGUCCUAUGCCGCAGAGACCAGCAACACAACUUGGGUUUGCUUCUGCCUGCGCUCAACAACCUCCACCAUUCUCUCACUAGAUGGGGUUUGCACCGCCAGAUCAAAGUUGCUGCUGCCUUUUCCUCCGACUGUCUGGAUCCACUGUCGGAAUCCUACAGAGAUGACGUCGGACAGAGCUACAUCAAACCCUUGCUUACCUUCUUGCAACAAGUGGGCUCGCCUUACGUGGUGAAUCCGCCGCCGGAGUUUCUCCGAUCAGCGGUGGGGGAAUCCCACUUGAAGUCCAUGAAGGAUCUUGGAGUUUCAGAGAUGAAUGUGAUCCUGAGCAGUGCAAGAAGAAAGCUCUCCCACAAGGUGAAUCCGUUUCCGCCGCGGCCGGCCCCCACCUUGGCUCUGCCUCCGCUUGUAGGCACCCUUCCGCCUCAGCCGAGUUACGGCGCGCCGUACAUUGCGCCGAUGGGCGGGCCGCGUUUGCCACCGUGCGAGCCGGCUCACUGGGCGCCGGCGCCGGCAGCAGUGGGGCACGUGCACCACGGGACGUGGUGCGUGGCAAAGCCGAGUGUGCCGGCGGAGACGCUGCAGGAGGCGUUGGACUACGCGUGCGGUGAAGGAGAUGCUGACUGUGAAGCCAUCAAAGAAGAUGGCAGCUGCUUCCACCCCGACACUCUGGUCGCCCACGCCUCCUACGCCUUCAAUAGCUACUGGCAGAAGACCAAGGCCAACGGCGGCACCUGUGGCUUCGGCGGCACUGCCAUCAUCAUCACCUCCGAUCCCAGUUAUGGGCGCUGCAGAUUCGCCCUUACCUAGUCAAGUGGAGAUGUGUUUCAGCAUUUGGUGAUGAUACCUUUUACAGUAUUUAGUUCAAUUAUUAGUAAGUAAUCGAAGAGCUUAGGAUUCCUUUUUGCACUACUUGAGUUGAAUUGUCAGUAAUUAUAGAGUUUAGGAUUCCUUUGAUCUCUUCCUCUGUAUAAUCUUGUUCUGCUAUCAGGAACUAAGAUUUAACUCUAUCCUGCAUUUCUCCACUUGAUUAAUACUACUAUUUCAUUUC